AUGCCGCCUGGGACACGGGCAGACGACGCGAAGCUGUCCGGCGAGGCCCAUGAUGCGGAGGCAACAAUUGACGCCGGACACCACACUGGGGCAUUGCUGCAUGGCUUGAGUGAAGAUGGUGCCCGAGCGGCUUCACAGGGAAAGAGGGGUGACAGCGUUGAUGACGACGCGAGGGUGGAUUGGUUCGCUGUCCAAGAUGGUAAUCGGCCGGUUCCGUCCCGCCUGCAGUCAUGGCUAGGCGCGGGCUGUUCUACUUUGGGCAAUAUCGCGCAGAUCAAAGAGAGCGUAGCCGAUGAGGCCAGAUGUCGGCGUUCUGGUAUUGGGUCGGACGUCGAGACGCUGCGCAGGCUAAGUGCGUCGAAGGAAGGCCGCUUUGACGAAGCUCGGCUGGGCUGCGGCUGUUCGUACGGGGAGCUGACACCAUACGAUGGCAUUUGGCAAAAGAAGUGGUAG